AAACGCCUAUAAAUUCGCUCUCACUUCACCGAACAGGGGGCAAAAAGAGUGACAAGAGUGCACCAAGAUCAAAGAAGAUCGAAGAAGAAGAAUGGCGGAGGAGCAGAAAGUUCAAAUUCCAAGAGUGCAACUCGGAACUCAGGGAUUUGAGGUUUCCAAGUUGGGAUUUGGGUGUAUGGGGCUCACUGGAAUCUACAACGAUCCACUCCCCGAAGAGCUUGGCAUAUCGAUCAUCAAGCACGCAUUCGAUAAGGGAAUUACAUUCUUUGAUACAUCAGAUGUUUAUGGACCUCAUAUUAAUGAAGUUUUGGUUGGAAAGGCAUUGAAGCAAUUGCCACGAGACAAAGUUCAGUUGGCUACGAAGUUUGGUAUCGUGGAAAUUGAUCCUCAUCAGAUGCUAGUAAAUGGCAGUCCUGAAUAUGUCCGCUCCUCCUGCGAGGCUAGCCUGAAGCGCCUUGGCGUGGACUACAUUGAUCUUUACUAUCAGCACCGGAUCGAUACAACAGUCCCCAUAGAGGACACUAUGGAUGAGCUAAAGAAGCUGGUGAAUGAGGGAAAAAUUAAGUACGUCGGAUUAUCGGAAGCUAGCCCGGACACAAUAAGAAGGGCUCAUGCAGUUCAUCCCAUAACUGCUAUACAAAUGGAGUGGUCCCUUUGGACUCGAGAUAUCGAGGAAGAAAUUGUCCCGCUUUGCAGGGAGCUUGGAAUCGGAAUAGUGCCAUACAGCCCACUUGGUCGCGGAUUUUUCGGUGGCAAGGGAGUUGUCGAAAGUCUACCUACAAAUAAUUUUCUGGUAUCAGGUUUCUGUCCUCGAUUUACAGGGGACAACUUGGAGAACAACAAGGUCAUCUUUGGCAACGUACGAAAGUUGUCCGAGAAGCACGGAUGCACCCCUGCACAAGUUGCCCUAGCUUGGAUUCUUAGCCAAGGUGAUGACGUGGUACCAAUCCCUGGAACGACAAAGAUAAAAAAUCUCGAUGAUAAUAUCGGAUCGUUGAGAGUGAAACUCACUGAAGAAGAUGUGAAGGAGGUUUCUGAUGCGAUACCCGUCAACGGUGCGGCAGGGGAAAGAUAUAGUGACGGUUUGAAUAGCUGGUCAUGGAAGUCUGCAAAUACACCAGCAAAAGCAUAGCAACAUACCAAUUUGUACCUAAAGUGCAUGGCCAAUGCUGCUCAUUUCUGUUUACAUGCCUAGCUUUUUUAUUAUUGAUAUAAUAAGAGCUGAGCUCGUUUAAAAGUGUUUUUAACAUAGUCGAAAGCACUAUUGGGGAAAAUAAUUUUGUAACCAAUUUUUAAUAAAAAUGCAAGUGAAUCGUAGAAAAGCAUUUGAAGUAA